AUGAGGUUUGUUUUUGUGGUUGAUUCUCAUAUUUUGGAGACACUUUCGCAUGAGGGCAACAGUAGAACACACAGUCAUCAUUUGGACUCCAACAACUUUGAUGGUGUCUUAUACCACAUCUCCAAUCCUAAUGGAGAUAAGACCAAAGUGAUGGUCAGCAUCUCCCUGAAGUUCUACAAGGAGCUACAGGAGCAUGGGGCCGACGAGCUGCUGAAGAGAGUGUAUGGGAGUUUCCUGGUUUCAACAGAGGCCGGCUACAACGUGUCACUCCUGUAUGACCUGGAUGCUCUACCAGGCAACAAAGAUGAGGUUGUUCACCAAGCAGGGAUGCUGAAGAGGAACUGUUUUGCCUCCGUUUUUGAAAAGUACUUCAAGUUCCAGGAGGAGGGCAAAGAGGGCGAGAGGAGGGCCGUGGUCCACUAG